AUGUCUUCGAUUCUCCUUCUCGUCCUUUUGAUUCUCCUGAGCUUCCAGGUGUCAUCCGUUUCCCUUGGAUCGCAUGUGAUCCUUCAGACACUCAGCGGCCCUAAUAUUCCAGAUGCAGCUGCUGAUUUAAACAACACCAGUUUUGAUGAAGUUCUCAAGAACUCUCCGGCUACCUUCUCCAUCGUGGAAUUCUUUGCUCAUUGGUGUCCUGCUUGCAGAAAUUACAAGCCUCAUUAUGAAAAUGUUGCAAGGCUUUUCAAUGGACCUGAUGCAGCACAUCCUGGAGUUGUAUUCAUGGCGAGGGUAGACUGUGCAUCGAAGAUAAAUACAAAGCUCUGUGAUAGAUUUUCAGGCGGCCAUUAUCCUAUGCUCCUUUGGGGUCCUCCAUCUAAAUUUGCAUCUGGUGGUUGGGAACCUAAACAAGACAAAAGCGAAAUGUGUCUCAUUGAUGAUGGACGGACAGCUGAUCACCUUCUUAAUUGGAUUAAUAAGCAAUUGGGAAGAUAG